AUGUUAUUUCACUUUCUGCAUCCUCUAGCAAAGUCUCGUCCCUUUUUCCUAGUCCUUUCUGCAACCCCCCAAAGCAGCGGCGCCUCCUCCUCACAGCCCCCCAGAGCAGCGGCGCCUCCUCCUCACAACCCCCCAGAGCAGCGGCGCCUCCUCCUCACAGCCCCCCAGAGCAGCGGCGCCUCUCCCUCACAGCCCCCCAGAGCAGCGGCGCCUCCUCCUCACAACCCCCCAAAGCAGCAGUGCCUCCUCCUCACAACCCCCCAAGCAGCGGCGCCUCCUCCUCACUGCCCCCCAGAGCAGCGGUGCCUCCUCCUCACAGCCCCCCAGAGCAACGGCGCCUCCUCCUCACAACCCCCCAGAGCAGCGGCGCCUCUCCCUCACAGCCCCCCAGAGCAGCGGCGCCUCUCCCUCACAGCCCCCCAGAGCAGCGGCGCCUUCUCCUCACAACCCCCCAGAGCAGGGGCGCCUCCUCCUCACAGCCCCCCAGAGCAGGGGCGCCUCCUCCUCACAGCCCCCCAGAGCAGGGGCGCCUCUCCCUCACAGCCCCCCAGAGCAGCGGCGCCUUCUCCUCACAACCCCCCAGAGCAGGGGCGCCUCCUCCUCACAGCCCCCCAGAGCAGGGGCGCCUCCUCCUCACAGCCCCCCAGAGCAGGGGCGCCUCUCCCUCACAGCCCCCCAGAGCAGCGGCGCCUCCUCCUCACAACCCCCCAAAGCAGCAGUGCCUCCUCCUCACAACCCCCCAAAGCAGCGGCGCCUCCUCCUCACUGCCCCCCAGAGCAGCGGCGCCUCCUCCUCACAGCCCCCCAGAGCAACGGCGCCUCCUCCUCACAACCCCCCAGAGCAGCGGCGCCUCUCCCUCACAGCCCCCCAGAGCAGCGGCGCCUCUCCCUCACAGCCCCCCAGAACAGCGGCGCCUUCUCCUCACAACCCCCCAGAGCAGGGGCGCCUCCUCCUCACAGCCCCCCAGAGCAGGGGCGCCUCCUCCUCACAGCCCCCCAGAGCAGGGGCGCCUCUCCCUCACAGCCCCCCAGAGCAGCGGCGCCUUUUCCUCAAGCCACCCAGAGCAGCGGCGCCUCCUCCUCACAACCCCUCAGAGCAGGGGCGCCUUUUCCUCAAGCCACCCAGAGCAGGGGCGCCUCUCCCUCACAGCCCCCAGAGCAGCGCCGCCUUCUCCUCACAACCCCCCAGAGCAGGGGCGCCUCCUCCUCACAGCCCCCCAGAGCAGCGGCGCCUCUCCCUCACAGCCCCCCAGAGCAGCGGCGCCUCCUCCUCACAACCCCUCAGAGCAGGGGCGCCUUUUCCUCAAGCCACCCAGAGCAGGGGCGCCUCUCCCUCACAGCCCCCCAGAGCAGCGGCGCCUUCUCCUCACAACCCCCCAGAGCAGGGGCGCCUCCUCCUCACAGCCCCCCAGAGCAGGGGCGCCUCCUCCUCACAACCCCCCAGAGCAGCGGCGCCUCCUCCUCACAGCCCCCCAGAGCAGGGGCGCCUCCUCCUCACAACCCCCCAAAGCAGGGGCGCCUCCUCCUCACUGCCCCCCAGAGCAGCGGCGCCUCCUCCUCACAGCCCCCCAGAGCAUCGGCGCCUCCUCCUCACAGCCCCCCAGAGCAGCGGCGCCUCUCCCUCACAGCCCCCCAGAGCAGCGGCGCCUCUCCCUCACAGCCCCCCAGAGCAGCGGCGCCUUCUCCUCACAACCCCCCAGAGCAGGGGCGCCUCCUUCUCACACCCCCCCAGAGCAGCGGCGCCUCUCCCUCACAACACCCCAGAGCAGCGGCUCCUCUCCCUCACAGCCCCCCAGAGCAGCGGCGCCUCUCCCUCACAGCCCCCCAGAGCAGCGGCGCCUCCUCCUCACAACCCCCCAGAGCAGCGGCGCCUCCUCCUCACAACCCCCCAGAGCAGGGGCGCCUCCUCCUCACAGCCCCCCAGAGCAGCGGCGCCUCUCCCUCACAGCCCCCCAGAGCAGCGGCACCUUCUCCUCACAACCCCCCAGAGCAGGGGCGCCUCCUCCUCACAGCCCCCCAGAGCAGCGGCGCCUCUCCCUCACAGCCCCCCAGAGCAGCGGCGCCUCUCCCUCACAGCCCCCCAGAGCAGCGGCGCCUCCUCCUCACAACCCCCCAGAGCAGCGGCGCCUCCUCCUCACAACCCCCCAGAGCAGCGGCGCCUCCUCCUCACAACCCCCCAGAGCAGGGGCGCCUCCUCCUCACAGCCCCCCAGAGCAGGGGCGCCUCUCCCUCACAGCCCCCCAGAGCAGCGGCGCCUCUCCCUCACAACCCCCCAGAGCAGCGGCUCCUCUCCCUCACAGCCCCCCAGAGCAGCGGCGCCUCUCCCUCACAGCCCCCCAGAGCAGCGGCGCCUCCUCCUCACAACCCCCCAGAGCAGGGGCGCCUCCUCCUCACAACCCCCCAGAGCAGCGGCGCCUCCUCCUCACAACCCCCCAGAGCAGGGGCGCCUCCUCCUCACAACCCCCCAGAGCAGCGGCGCCUCUCCCUCACAGCCCCCCAGAGCAGCGGCGCCUCCUCCUCACAAUCCCCCAGAGCAGCGGCGCCUCCUCCUCACAGCCCCCCAGAGCAGGGGCACCUUUUCCUCACAACCCUUCAGAGCAGCGGCGCCUCUCCCUCACAGCCCCCCAGAGCAGCGGCGCCUCCUCCUCACAGCCCCCCAGAGCAGCGGCGCCUCCUCCUCACAGCCCCCCAGAGCAGCGGCGCCUCUCCCUCACAACCUCCCAGAGCAGCGGCGCCUCUCCCUCACAGCCCCCCAGAGCAGCGGCGCCUCUCCCUCACAGCCCCCCAAAGCAGCGGCGCCUCUCCCUCGCAGCCCCCAGAGCAGCGGCGCCACCAGCAGGGAGGAGCAGGAGUGGCAUCACCAGCAGGAGCAGUUGGUCAAACGAGAAGGAGCACGUCACGAGGCAGAGACAGUGGAGACGAGACGGGCAUGCGAGUCGGAAGGGUGAGGAAGGGGGGAGUGGGUGAUGAAGGGGAGGAUUGGGAAGGGGGGAGGAGGGGGGGGGGUAUUUUGGGGGUGCUAGGAGAGGGGUUUGACUUUGGGGGAAUGAGAGGGGGGGUUGGGGAUUGGGCAGCUGGAGAAAGUGGGGGGCGGAGGGGAAGGGGAGGAUGUGGGAUGCGUGUCACACUGAGCCAGCGCUUGCUCUGUCUUGCUGCUUCCUUCUUCCCCUCCCAUGCACGCCCGUGCACCUUCUCCCAACCAUGCGCCACACCCUCCCCCUCGCCUCCCCUUGUCUCAUUUUUAUUUUCCGCCACUGCCUCCACCCCCUCGCCCUCCCUCCUUCCCUUUCCCUAUAUUGCCUCGUUUAAGCCUGUCUUUGAGCAUCACUGCCUGCCCUUUUGCUUCAUUGCAUGGCAUGUGUGCAGGGCGUGUGAAGAGCAGCAAGGGCGAGGGACGAGGCAGGCAAGAGUGGUGGGGUCGUCCUGGGCGCUCGUCUCCUCCGCCGUCGGCCCCACUGCGCCCAUCCCUCAUCCCAUCUGCUCUGCUGUGCUGCUCUGCUCUCCGCUGCGCACCGCCGCCCCUCUAACGCGUGUCACUUGGGGCGAGGGGAGUGCGGGCCACAGGGCAGCAGAGGGGCGUUGA